AUGUGUCCGCCGGCUUUGGUGCCGUCAUGCUUGAAAUGCUGCUUUCUCGCAAUCGCCGCUGUUGCUCCAGCAGCCUUUUUGUUCAAGACCCGCCUCCUGUUUCUUUGGUCUGUGUUCCCUCGAGCCAUGGCCCUCCAGCUUGCCCAGCCCAACCAAGACGAGAAGGAAGUCUGCAAGUACUGCAAGCUGCAGUACCCUGCCACAGAAGGGCGCUGGCACCGCGAAGCCUUCGAGUGCCGCCAUUGUGCGGCCUCUCUCAAGGCCCUGUACCGCGGCGAGCUGCCGGAAGACUUCAAGCAGCUCUCUUCGGAAGAGACUACGAAGUUCUUCGCUGACCUGGUUCAGCAGCGAACGGAGCUCGCAAAGGACAAGUCCUGUUCCUGGACCACUGUCCGGGCUUCCUUGGUCACUACACUGGCAGAGAAGAGGACCACCACCUUCAAGCAGGAGCUCGAGGGCAAGUUCUUGCCGCUCUCCGUUUGGGAAAAGCAAGGCUUCGACACCGACAAAGUGAAGAACUGCCCCAAGGAAGAGAACGAAGUCUUGGGCGACCUCUACUGUGUGCCAAUCAAAACCAUCAGUUGGUCCGAAACAGUUGAGAAAGUUCGCCAAACUCUCCUUGACCAAGAACGCCAGGCCACGGCCAAGAAGCAGGCCAAGGGCAAGAACAAGACGGCCGAGGACUUGGACUUGCCGGCUCCUGCCUCAGCCAGCAAGGAAGAGAAAACGCAGGACUUCGCCAAGCAGAACAAAAGAACCUACCAACAGAACGCGAAGCUCAACGCCCUGGCCGCGAAGUCCCUCGGUUCCCUCACCACGCAGCAGAGCUCCUUGGAGAAGCUCUUGGCCAAGUUCGUUGGCGACAAGAACCACGCAGGCAAGACCGCCGAACAGGGGCAGCAGGAACUCCAGCCGCUCUCCUUGCCUUACGACGCAGCGGAGCUCUUGCUCCAGCAGGUUGUCCUCGUUGUCCGGGACAUCCGUGCCGGCCUGGCAAAAGGGAAACGUAAGCCGGACGAAGCCGGCUUGCUGCAGUCUUCCGGAAGCAGAACUUCUGCUGGCCGCGACGUGGUGGAGUGCGACUCACCCGGCUUGGACGACGAGGGCUUGGGCUUCUUCCUGGACACUGAGCCGAGCAAGCCGCGACCCCUCUUCUUCGACAAGACGGACUCUCCGCAACCCGUGGCUUGCCGAGGGCAAAAGCUCACGACAAAACAGCACAAGUACAAGGUCCGAACAAAGGUGCUGCUGGACUCCUGCCGCAGCAUUCAGCACAGGCUGUCUGUGGACGUCGAGCAGAAGAUGAGGGACCACGUGCAAGUGCUCGAGAAGGUUCAGCAAUUCAUCCUUGCUUUCGAGACCGGCUCUGAACCCGUCUUCAUCUACACGAUCAAGACGUUGAAAAACAUCACCUGUGAUGCUGCGAGCUGCCUGGAAUUUGCAGAGCGGAAAUGGGAUGCAGAAGCUCCGCCCCACGAGCAGUACCAGCUUCUGCGGCAGGUUACUUCUCUUACGAAGAACCAGUGUAGGCAGAUCCUCUCUGUGGUUCGAGAGGAUGGCAAAGGAAGCCGCACGGCGAAAGCACAGGAGUGUGAUCACUUCCGCCGAGCUUUGUCUCAGAGGCGACAUCUCACGAUGAUCUUCUAUUCCGACGAAUGCACGCCUGGCAAUGUGCUCAGUCCGGACACGGCACGUAAGAGUUGCAUGUUCUAUGUCAGCUUCCUGCACAUGUCCUUGCACUUGGAGGCUUCAUGGAUGACACUCUGCGUGAUCCGUUCCAAAGACAUCCAAAGAUGCAAGGGCGGCCUUCCCGCGAUCGUGCGAGGCCUCCUAGAGCAAAUUCGCGCCGACACUCAAGACGGCAUGGUCAUCUCGCUUGAUUCGGGCCCUGAGCUGCUGUUCAUCGACAGAGUGCUGAUGUUGGCGGAUCACGAGGGCAUGCGUGCUUUGUCCGGAUGGAAAGGAUCCAGCGGUUACCGGCCAUGUUUCAAAUGUGCCAACGUGGUCAGUCUAGGCGGGGCGAGACCGGCUAGCUUCGUGGACAUUGCGAAUUCGGACAUAACCCGCCUGCGGCCACUCUCACACGCGGACCUCUGCGAGAUUCGCCAGAAGCUGGAUAGCUUGAGCUCCACAACCACGAAGCUGCAGGAGGCUGAAAAGUUACUGGGAUGGAAACUCGAGGAACUCAGCAAGUCCUUCCUCGCUUCGCCUGCUCUGUCUGGCUGGGCAGAACUGGAGGAUUGUGCUGUUGACGCCAUGCAUGCCUAUUGGAGCAACGGUGUCGUGGCACAAGAGCUCGGCCUCUGGUAUACUGCUCUACUCGACAACAGCGACGUCAACCUUGGACAUGUCCACGCCUACGUGAAAGCAGGUUGGACUGCAUGCCCUGCAGCUGGCACGCCCAUGCCACAAGUCUGCGGUUGCUUUUCCGAACACCUGUGGAAAAAAGGCCAUGACUUUCGGGGGGCGCGGAUGUGCCUAGUUGCCCUACCCCUCUGUGUGCGCUUUGGCGAAGAGAUCCUCCGGGGCAACGUCUUGUCUUUGGACGCUGUCUUGGAUUCGCUCCUGGCCUUGAACCGUGUGUGCAUCUGCAUCUUGCGAUCCAAAGCAGAUGUGUCUCACAGCACCAACUUACUUGGGCUGCAAGCAGACCACAUGCGGAGGUUCGAUCUUGCACACGGGCGGCAGCACCGUCCCAAGAUGCACUUCGGCCUUCAUAUUCGCGAGCAGUGCGCCAGAUGGCACCGCCUCGUAGACUGUUUCGCUUGCGAAAGGAAACACAGAGCCUUCAAGCAAGUUGCAAGCAAUGUGCGAAAUCUCACGCAACUCAACAAGUCCUGUCUGCUUGAGCUGGCCACAGGCGACAUACACGCGGAUGUCGACAGUUCCGACGCCACGCUACAGGGUGCGACAGUGGACUGCCCGGACUUGGCUGCUGUGCUGAGCUGCUCCACUUCUCCUAAGCUAGCGAAGACAGCCUGCAGUCAUGGCCUCACGGCAAAGUCGGAAGACUACUUCGUGCUGUCGCCUGAACUGGCAGUCUUGGUUUGGGGGGCCCUGGCUGUUUCUGCUCAGUCGAAAACCCUGCAACCUGGAAGCUUCCUGCUAGUAGAGCCGUUGAUAGCCGCGAGCAUCAACCGGAAUGCCAGAGAUGACGGAUGCACGGAGUGGCACCCGUCUGAUAAACCUUUGGCUUUGCUGGACAUCGCAAACCUGUCUCGAGUGCACCAAGUUUCUUUCGCAAAUGCUGACGGUCAAGUCGUUGUCUCACUCUUGCAUUAG